AUGGAAUCUGGACGGCAGGAGUAUGCAGCGGGUGGGGCCGUGCCGCCUUACGGUGUAGACGGCCCUGGCCCUGCACGGAGUGCAUCAGGAAGUAGUGCACGCAGUGAUCCCCGCUCAAUUGUCUCGCCGCCGCCCGGCGAGCGGCGCCGGAGUGCCCAGGCGCCGGGCGGCCCCUCGGCGAGCACCGUGAACCAUAUGGAGUCGUCGGUGACGCGCUUGCUCGUCGCGACCAAGAUGCUGCUCGAGUCAUUGACGCACUGGUCGCUUGGGCAGCAGACCGAGAGCCAGGUAUCGGAGAUUUACGUCCGCCUCGGCAACGACUUUAACGCGGCGCUCGCGGCGUUUGCAGGCUACGGAAUCGACAUGAGCGACAUGUUCUCGGUGCCGUCGGACCUGCGCAGCUGCCUUGAGACGUGCCUAUCCGAGCCCGCAUCGCCCGCGGCGCUCGAGCAGCACCUGCCGCGCAUCCGCGAGAUCAUCAUCCGCCUCUUGCAAGGCCUCAAGGCGAAACAGGCGAGCUACAAACAGCUCCUCCUCGAACAGCGCUCGCACCCGGUGCAGGGCGUGACGGGGCCGCGCGCGCCUGCGCCGCGCCAGGAGAGCCGCGUCGAGGCAGUCCGCUCCCCGCCGGACGCGUCACGCAUUGGGCCGCGGCCGAUUGGCGCGCCGCUGCCGUUCCUCGGCAAGCGCGCCGCGCCGCAGGAGGCAGCGCAGUCGAUGCGCGCACCGUCGCGCGACGUCCACGCCUCGGUUCCCCCGAGCUAUGCUACAGAGCCCGAGCCGUACGUCCCUGCAGAAAAGACUGCCGCCCCCGAGCCCGUCGCCGCGGCGGAGCCCGAGGUGCUGCCCAAGCCGGCGGCCGACGCGCCGACUGCGCUUGCUGUACCCCCUGUUGCGUCCGACGCGCCCGACGCGCCGCCGAUCGAAGCGCCGCAGUUUGCCUCGGCGCCGCUGCCCCGCGCCGACACCGGCGAUCCGGACGACGUGAAUUUGCGUGCGCUGCGGAGCCGCGAUGCGCUCGAGCGCCGCGCGAGCAAGCGCUUUAGCGCCUACACCUUCAACAAGAUGGGCGUCAGUUCCGGCCUGCUUUCUGGCGCCGGAACACAGCUGGGCUCGAGCCCACGCUCCUCGCUCGAGAACCGCACGUCGUUUGUACGCCACACGCCGCACGGUUCGCUAUCGAAUGCGAACGAGCUGCGGCCCGCGUCGAUGAUCUCGGACACGCCCGACGACUCGAUCGCGUCAGCAGCCUCGGGGCCGCCGGAAGCCCUAGAGGCGCCCGCUGUACCCGUGCCCGUGCCCGAGCGCGCGCCUGCGCGUGCGCUGCCGACGAUCGCCGCGAGUCCGCAAGAGCCCGUUUCGCCGGAUUGGGGGCGCGUCGCCGAUGCGCUGCCCGAAGGCGAGGCACCUGCGCCCCAAGAGACGAGUCUCGACCUCUUUUUGCAGCUCGGCCGCCAGACGCGCAAGGUGACGGUCGCCGUCGACCUCGGCGCGCCAUCGCGUGGCCUGACGGUGGCGCGACUGCGUAUGCUCUUUGUGGACCAGUUUGCGUACUCGCCCGGAAUGGAUGAUUUCCCCGAGAUCUACAUCAAGGACCCCCAGAGCGGUGUGCAGUACCAGCUUGAGGACCUCGAUGACGUCCAAGCGCGGAGCCUGCUCACGCUGAAUAUUGAGCCACUUGACCAGGUCAAGCAGCACCUCGACCUGUCCAUGACGAGUGUCACGCGCGAGCUGCGCGAGCUGAAGCAGCUCCUGCGCGAGCAGCACGAGACGCAGGCGGAGGCCCCCCGUGCCGAGCACAAAGGCACGCCGAUCGCCGAUGCCGCCUUUCGUGCAGCCGGCCAGCGCAUGUCAAGCUACGUCGCGACGCCGCACGCAGAUACAGGGUCUUUCCCCGCGCGCGACGCGUCGAGUGCCGGCCAGCACUUUUCGGAGGAGCUCAAGACGCAGUACGAGGCGCUGCAGAAGCUGCGCGGCGACUUUGCAAUCCUGCGCCAGGUCCACGGCGAUGCCGAGCAGGACAUGCGCACGCUUUUUGCCGACAUCCGCGGCCAGGUCAAGGAGAUGGAGCAGGUGACCUCCCUUGGCCCCUCGGCCGGCCGCAAUUUGAUCGAGUCGGGCAAGACCAAACUCGAUGGGCACUCGCAAGAGGUCCUGACGACCGUGGAGGAUUUGCAGGACCUCAUCGAGGACCUCAAGCUCGACGUGAGCCACCGCGGCGUCAAGCCCAAGACCGGCGAGAUGAACCGCCUCACGACCGAGAUUGCCAAUGCCACACAGAAGCUGGACGGGCUCGAGCAGUACAUCCAGAGCGUCAAGCCCAGUUGGAAGAAGACCUGGGAGACCGAGCUGCAAAACAUUGUCGACGAGCAAGAGUUUUUGAACUACCAGGAAGGGCUGCUGGUCGACUUGAAGCAGGACCACAAGGCGCUGCAGGACGUCUUUGCCAACAUCCAGCAAGUCGUCAAGCUGCGCGACGUCGGCGGCGCCGACACGUCGGACCACAGCGUGCGCCUGCAGCGCUACGUCCCGCCGCCGCCGGACGAGGAGCACGAGGGGAUCGGCACCGUGAUGAUCGAAGUGCGCGGCCAGACGAUCGACCACGAGCGCCGCCUGCGCGCGGUGCAGGCCGCGGAGCGCUCGCGCAAGGCCAAGGCGGGACAGAAGGACGAGUUCGCCUCGGAGCUCGCAGGAUUCGUCGACGGCAAGGCGCUGCGCAAGACCGGAGGACAUCGCGAGGUCGAGCGCAUUCGUCAGAAGCGCGACCAGACUACGCUGCGCACCAUGCUCUCCAACACCAACCUCGUCGAGACAGAGGCGCAACCGGCCGAGCCCAAUGCAUCAUAG